CUCAGAAAUCCAAACCUUUAGGUAUCUUGACAUCUGGAAAAGGAAUAUACUACACUUUUCUUUUUAGAAAACUUAAUUUAAGAAGAUGCUUGGAGAAGCCUUCCUGAUUGAACUCCUAUAUAAAGAACAGAAAUAUACAAAUUUUUGCAAAUCAUUUACAUAUAAGAAGACCUCAAAUGAUGAAAAGGAAACUUGCAAAAGUAAACUUCUAGAUAUAGAAGACAAUACACUUUCCCAUGUGAAGAUGGAAAAUCAAGAAAAGAGUAUGAAAAAGUGUUUAACAGAACAAAGUAAUGAUACAAGUCAUGUGGAUGAGAUAACUACAACAAUGUGCAAAGGUACACCUCUUCCAGGAAAUGUGUCCAUUGCAUUACCCAUUCCAAAGAGAGAACAACAUGAUGAAGGACAACUGGAUUUAUAUCGAUCCUGGUCAUGUACAAGAAUUUGCCAGAAUUAUCCUGACCUACAGAUUGGAGGUGAUCAUGUGGGCAACAUGUAUGAUUCAGGCUGCUUUGUAGAACACACACAUGAUGAUGUUUUUAAUGGUCCCGUUUUGCUUUCAGUGGAUAUACCACUGGGUCAUUCACCUAUCACUGAGCCUUUAGAGAAACUACCAGCCUCAAAAUUAUUGAAUGGGGAUGAAAUACGAGAAAAAAGUAUCUUGUUUCACAAGCAGCCCCUCUCCAACUCUAUGCUUAACAGUUAUAUGGAAAAAAAGGUGGACGAACUCUACAAACAAUUUUUGGAAGAAAAUCUCACCAGGUGCCGCUCCAUAACCAAUCUUAUGGCUUCCAAUUUGCUAAUGAAUAAUGUGAAUCAGAUUAGCCUUCAGAUCUCUCAAGAACAGAACAUAGAAGCAUCAAAAGCUCGGGAAGCUCUCCUACAUUCUUUAGCACGAUGUAACCUCCGGAACACUUCUGAUAGAAACAGUUCUGAAUUCAGCACUCCUAACUUACAAAUAUCAAAUCAGACAAGUAGGGAACUUAUAUAACAUCUACAGUAGGGACCAACAGACCAAAAAUAUGUUUGAAGGAUUGACUGAAGGGACUGCAGUA